ACACAGCCCACGCCUGCAACCAAAUGGUUCAUGGCGAGCCCUAGAUAACCGACCUUAAAGCCAUUGCCAGUGCUCCUGGACCAUUUCAUCACUCCCAGUCUGCUGAAACUAUUUCCAUUGUUUUGCUUAUCAACUAGUAAACCGUUGGUUGACCCCUGCUCCUUCUGGUUGGCCACCUACCCAUCAAUCCCUGCCGAUCACAACACCAUCCUCCUACCUGAUACAAUGGCCCUUGAAUCGACAACGAUGUUGGUCGACAAGCCCGUAGGCAGGACUGGCUUCGGCCUCCUACGUCUGAAUGCUGGCCCAUCAACUGAAGAAGCGAUUCCAGUCAUGAAAGCCGCUCUCGAAGCUGGUUGCAACUUAUGGAGUGGAGCCGAAUACUACGGGACUCCUGAGUACAACUCCCUUCACCUGGUCCACAGCUAUUUUACAAAGUACCCUGAAGACGCAGAGAAGGUCGUUCUAUCCAUCAAAGGCGGCUACAGGAAUAGAUUUCCUGAUGGUAGCGCCGAAUACAUCCGGCAAUCGGUAGAUAACUGCAACUCCAUCUUGGCCGGGACGAAAUCCAUCGACAUAUUCAUGCUGGCUCGUGUCGACAAGAGUGUUCCAAUUGAAACCAGCCUUGGAGCACUCAACGAGUUGGUCAAAGAAAGCAAGAUUGGAGCCAUUGGCCUUAGUGAGGUGGGGGCGGAGAAGAUUGAGCGCGCUUGCAGGGUGGCUACUAUCGCCGCCGUUGAGCUGGAAGUAUCGUUGAUGGCCACCGAUAUCUUCCACAACGGUGUCUCGCAGCUCUGUGCUAAGCACAAUGUUGUCAUCAUUGCAUACGGCGUAUUGGGACGUGGCCAGCUGAUGUUUCAGUCUGCCAAUGAUAUCCCGUCCGCUCCCUUUCUCCGUGGCUUCCCUCGAUUUCAGUCCGAAGCGAUGGAGGCAAAUAUGAAGCUGAUUCUGGCACUCAGAAAGGUGGCCGAACGGAAGGGUUCUACGAUGGCCCAGCUUUGCAUUGGCUGGAUCAAGGCCAUGUCAAAACGAGGAGAUACAGCUGAGCUCAUUCCCAUCCCCGGCAGCACUACAGUUGCUUGUGCCAAAGAAAAUGGAGCAAACGUAGAACUCUCCGAAAAGGACAUUCAAGAAAUCGACGGAAUCCUGAACCAGUAUAAAGUAGUCGGCGAAAGAUAUCCACCGCAGAUGUCCUCAACCUGGGAAGAGUAGUUCGUUGAUCAUACAGAAAAUACUCAAAUCUAGCCAUAGAAAAUUGUCAUGCACAAGUCUCCAUCUCCUAUCUCACAGAGCCUAUCCCUUCGUCUGGCAAGACAUGGUCUGUACUGGCAAGUGGGCCUGGCUCAGGGCGAAAAGGACCUUUGC